AGCUACCUCUAGUCUACCACUCCCAAACAGUAUGAGUUUUGUGAGUGUAUGAAUGCAGACCAUGCAAGUUGAGGUGUGGUACUCUGUUCUCGUCAUACUCCUUAUGGGGCAUGGGGGCGGCGGACAAAAGACAGAACCCCGCUUAGGCCUGAAGGACCACAACCUGUUCCGAGGGUCCGAUCGAUAUGCCUUUGCCAUCGUGGUGCCAGCCUCGGGGCUGGAGUGCUUUUGGCACUUUGCACACCAGAGUGGGAACUUCUACCUAACCUACAUGGUCCAGUGGGUGACAGGACUAGCCAGUGACAACCAUCUUUACGUGACUGUCAUUUCCCCAGAAGGGGCCCUCAUGGCCUCAACAGACAACACCAUUGGCGAAAUCAACUUCCGAACUGAAGUGACCGGUUUUUAUCAGAUGUGCUUGGGGAACUAUAAGAACCACUUUGGUGGCGUCCGAGUCUUUCUCAACUUCGGCGUGUACUAUGAGGGUGCUGAGRAGAUGCAGCGAGAGACAAAGGAAGGAGAAAAAGUCCUCAACAACACUCUGUCCAACAUUGAGGAGAGUACCAACAAGAUACAAGGUCACAUUUUACACAUGUGGCGGCACUACAACUACGCUCGCAUGAGGAGAGGUGCGGACCAUUACCUUCUCCUCUUCAACUACAACUACGUCACCUGGUGGUCUGCGGUACAGAGUGUGGUCAUCAUCAUGGUGGGCUACCUGCAGCUCUUCUUCCUCAAGAGGCUUUUCCACACAGACACCCAUAGACCCCGCUGUURAUGAAUGAUGGCUCGUAAAAUGUCACUCACUACUUGUGUUGCUUUGUGGAUCGUGUUUGUUCAACGUUAAAGGGAUAGUUCAUCCAAAUUACAAACUUAAAUCGUUUUUCCGCUUACCCGGUAAGCAGGCUUUGGACAAGGAGAGMUGGCAAGCUAUGCGUUGGUUUUGUUUAUCUGGCUUUUCUGUCCCAAAAAUCCCAUGCAAGUCAUCAUCACCCAAGUUAGCAUGUUUUACAUUUACAUUUCCUGCACAAAUCCCCCCCAAAAUCCAAUGAGCUAUGAUUUCAAACACUAUGGGGUGAUGAAUAGCCAUAAUAUACCUGUGCAAAGGCCAUGUUCACAACCUCUUUUCAAGAUGGCAGCAGGAGCAAUUUAGUAUCCAAGGCGCAUAUAAAUGCACACUACUCAAGGUCAGUUGUCUUUCCAAUUGUGUAGUUUUAACAUAGGUCUUGGAGCCAGUCUUGUCAAGACAGGGACCUCUAAACUGAUUAGAGGUGUUUUAGGAACUCCAGCAUGUACUAUUCCACAUUCUCAAUUUAAUAUGUAGCAAAGUCAAGUUACACUUAAAGUAUCAUACUUUAAUCUCCAAGUGUAACUUGACUUUUCCUGGGCUACAUAUUCAGAACAGCAAUGUGUGUUUGACUAGACUUAUGAAACUUCUAUAGAAUUGUCAUAAUUUCUAGCAGGACAACAAUUGUUUUUCCCCCCACACAAACAACAAAGAUAACAUGUAAAUGUGCCUAAUUGGUUUAUUGAUACAUUUAAGUUCAUAACUGUGCAUGCUCCUCAAACAAUACCAUGGUAUU